AGGUGGAAGUGCUGGUUGGAAGGCAGUAUGGGGCAGAGCUCGCUGUGCAGGUGGACGUGGAGGUGAAGCAGGCUGGGCAAGGAUACGGGGGCAGCCUGCUUACGCACAGGCAGACGCUAUACUGGGAUCACAUGGACGCUGCUCCGAAGCGCGUGUACGUCGACAUGGCUGCCAUAUCCUCCACGUGCUCGCGCGGGGUGGAGCGGGAGUGCCACGUGGACGUGGUGCUGGUGCGCCCGCGCCGCUGCCGAGUGGGCGCAUAUGGGCUCACGCACCUCGCCGUGCAAGUGCAGAGCAAGAAGAAGCCUGUCUCCGUGGUGCAGCCUGUGCACUCGUCAUAUGUCGUGUCUGAGAACCACAAGUAUGUGGACGUGGAGGUGACGCGCACACGCCACAGCACAUCGCCGCCAAGCAGCGUGGAUGUGGCGUUUGUGUCCAGCACGGGCUCACCGUUCAUCGACUUUCACUUCCAGGAGGAGCGCACGCUGACGUGGCAGCCGGAUGGCAACGCCACCCAGACGUUUCGCGUGUACGUGCGCCCCAACCACGAGCACGUGCCAAACGACACGGUGUACCUGACGUUUGUCAACCCAGAGCACAUGCAGCUGCCUGCCCAGGCGCCUAUGGUGGAGGUCGUCAUUCUAAACGCCAACGACAGCGAAAGCGUGGCUGAGCGCAACAUGACGCAAUCUGCGGCGUUUCGCCAGCGCAUCAUGCCGUGGCUGUCGGAGGUGAAGGACAUGCACGCAGCGCAGCGGCUGCUGGAGGCGUGGAACGCCUAUCCUGUCGAGGAAGGAGAGGUGGUGAUUGCACGUGGGCGUGUGCCGCGUUUUCUGGCCAUUGUGGCGGAGGGCACGUUUUCGAUCGAGGCGCCCAUCUUUGGGCAGCAGCGCACUCGAAAGGCGCGCAAGGGGGAUUUGGUUUCCUUCUUCUCUGCCGUCAAACGCACCAACAGCUCCACAGAGGUGAAGGCGAUGACAAAGGGGCUCCUGCUUGUCCUGGACCACCACGUCUUCCACCUCCACAAUAAAUCAGCGCACCAGGACAUCUACAAGGUGCUGAAGCACGAGUUCCUGCGGCAGACGAUCAUGGGUGAUGGGCGCCGGUUUCCGGUGGUCAUGGUUCCAGGGUUCAUGAGCACGCAGCUCGAAGCGUGGAAGCGGAAGGACUGUAACGGCGUCGACAUCGAGAUUAUGGACCAGGUGUGGUUGAGUCUGGAGCAGAUGAUGCAGACCAUCACGGUCGAUCGCUACUGCUGGCUCGAGUGUCUCGCCCUCGGCAUCAACCAGACGGACGACACGUGCAAGGUGCGGGCUGGCUCCGGCAUUGCGGCGAUCCGCGAACUCAACGCGAACAUUCGCGGGAUCACCACCAUCUUCAGGUCCAUCCUCACCUUCCUCGCGGAGAAAUGGGGCUAUGAUUCGCAGUCGCUGAUUGCGAUGCCGUACGACUGGCGCCUGUCCCCGGAUAUGCUGCAGCGGCGCGACAAGUUCUUCUCCACGUUCAAGGCCAAAGUCGAGAUGGCCGUCGCCGUCAAUGAGGCGCCUGCUGUGCUGAUUGCGCACUCGUUAGGCAAUCAGGUCAUUCUGGAGUUUUUCGCCUGGCUGGAGAAGGAGUUCCCGAAAUCGUUCCUGAAAUGGACAGAGAAACACAUUAUUGCGUAUUACGGGAUUGCACCGGCGUUCCGCGGUGCGACGCAGGCGGUGGUGGCAGAUCUCAUUGGUGACAACAUGGGUUUGCCCGUCACAAACUACCAGGCGCGUGUGUUUGGAUCGACUGUGGGCUCGUCGCCGUGGAUGUUUCCUGUCUCCGUCCGUACGCCAACGGCCGCAGAGUGGACGUGCAGUCACCCAUACUGCGGGGAGGGGGCGACGACGCUGCGACUGCGCCGUCCGCACACGCUCGACGAGCUCAAGACGCGUCGGGCAGUGCUGAACGAGUACGAGACCAUGUGCCAGGCGGCGCAGUGGCACACGCCGCUCGAUCAGCCGGAGGUCGAGCAGGCAGACACGUCGGACAUACGCGCGUUUCUCUCUGCAAACGGCACGGACGAGACGGGCGGGAUUGAGGAAGGGGGGUGGCCGCGGUACCUCAUCAACAUCACGCUGGGCAAUGGCACGGAGCUUGUGUUUGGCGUCAACGAUCUGCGGACGGGGAAACUGUUCCAGGACCUGGCGCGCUAUGGAAACGAUUCCCACGCGCAGCGCGUUGCAGACACCAUUCGACAUUUCUACACCAACAAGGAGAUAUCGUCACCGUUGGACCGGCUGCCGACGCGCCCGCCAAUCAAACACGUCGCCAUUGUGUACGGUGUGAACAGGAACACCCCAUAUGCCAUCCACGCCACGCAGACCAAAGGCACCGAUGAACUCACACUCACCAACCAGGUGUUGGAGAUGCAGAACGGUGAGCUGAGCAGCGGCAACAACGCGAGCAAUUCGCUGCGGUGUUCGGGCGAUGGCACCGUCCCAUAUGCGUCGCUCAGCUGGGUACAUGCGUGGCACCUCAGCCAAAGCGUCAGCAUCGUCCGCAACCAGCAGACCGUGCAGCCAUUCUUCGACCACGCAUUCAGCGAGUACACGCCCGAGCAAGUGAGUCGCGUCAUUGACACCGUCAUCCCGGAACACACCGUUUUUGACAGCGACAAGCACGGAUACCGGACGACGGUUGUGGAGGUGGAAGGGCUGGAGCACCGCGAUGCUGUGCGGACGACGUUCACAACAGAGCUCAUCGACAACCUGAUGCAAGAUCUGGUGCAAGUGAUUGUGCACGAUGCGACGAGCGAUGUGGAACUCUUGCAACGUGGCGUCAAGGAUAUAGAGCAGCCGCCAGCAACGACAACCAAGGCCGUCACAAAGCACCUGCGCAGCUUGCUGGCCGAACACAAGCACGAUGAGACUGCCCUGCAACGAAUCACAGACGUCAUCGCCUUUCUCGAGGACAAGCACUGACGUGUCUGUCUCUGUGUGUGCGUGUGUGUGUGUGUGUGUGUGCGUGUGUGUGACAAACUGUGUGCGUAUGUGUGACAAGCUGUGUGUGUGUUGUGUGUGUGUGUGUGUGUGUGUGUGUGUGUGUGUGUGUGUGUGUGUGUGUGUG